GCACCUUUCCACCUUUCCCACUGCCAAUAUACCAUUCAGCGAUAUUUUCAGCAUCUCCACUGCUAUUUCCUGGCACAUAGUCGACAUCCUUCCAGGUUCCACCAAUAGUAUCUUGAUCUGCAACAUCGCGACUAUCCACCAACCUUACGGAAACAUAAUCGGAUGUCUUCUGCUGCCCCACGUUGGAAAACCGCCUUGACGAAAGGCCUGGAGAAGAGUAAGAUGGCGGUAUUUCAGCUUGCAACCGUAGAUCCCAACGGUUCACCCCAUGUGCGCUCGUGUAUCAACAGAGAGUUCAUCGCACCGCAAAAUUUUCCUUCUUUACCGCUCCUCGUUUCCACUACAGACACUCGCACCCCCAAGGUCACGCAGAUUUUAUCUCAGACACGCGUUGAAACUGUUUUCUGGGUAGAGGGCACCAUGGAACAGUACCGCAUCUCAGGCUUCGCGUCCGUCAUCCCAGCCCCUUCUCACGCCUUGUACCACCACUUUGAGAGCUCUCGGGGUCCAGCCUUUGCUGCAUUAAAGGACGAAGGCUUUGACUGGGAAGCAAAGCGUCGCGAGGUGUUCGACUACUUGGGUGGACACAUGCGCGCUACCUGGUGCAGACCUAUACCAGGGAGCGAACCGGAAAGCGGGCACGUGGAUGCAAAAGCUUGGCCCGAGUCGGUGUGCAAGCUAGGCGAAGCUCGGACUGACCAGGAGAAGGAACAUGUCGACACUGCUAUCGAACGGUUUGCGUUGCUGGUGAUCGACCCGGAGGAGGUGGAUUAUGUAGAGCUCGGUGUGAUACCGAACCAGAGGACCACCUUCAGGAGGACAGAAGACGGCUGGGUGGAGAAAGCUGUUGUUCCUUGAUCGAAACGAACAGAAUAUUAACGUCGUACAUGCAUUCAGCUACUCGCACGAGCUCUCUGUUUCCUAGAUUUCGCACCGUCUGCGGCUUUGUAUCCCUAUCCUUUGUGAAUGGCAGCUCUCUCCACUUCUU